GCCCCAUGCCCUCUCGCCCUACUGGUAUUUAUCAUGGCAGCUAUAUCGAGCUAUAUUCUCAUUGGAUGCAAUUUUAAUUUUAUUCCUUUUUAACAGCGAAGUUAGCCAUCAUGUCCAAGUUUCAAUUAACCAAAACAGCUUUGCUCUUUUUUCGACACCUCCACUUAUUACGUCUAGAUGCAACCAUGCAUUGUACUCGCAGUCUCUACUUUCUCGACCGUCUCUCCUUCAUCUUAUUAUUCUCUCGCUCCGCCAUGAAAAGUAUAAGUACUCUCCUGUACGCUCCUAUCGGAAUAGUCUUUCUGAGAUAUUAUGCCCUUCUCGACACCGUCUUAUAGCAUGCCGACCUGUUUGAUUUAGCAUCAACCUCUAUUUCACAUCCGCAAGAUAAUACGACUCGGCUCAGUGAGCGUGUGGUAUAUGCUGCCGAUUCGGAACUUUGUUGACCUCGUCGCGCCGUAAUCGUGUGCUUUGAUUUUCUUGAUAACGGAAAUCUGUCACCACAACGAGUUCUGUAUUGUUUAUAUGAUCCGCGUCUUGGCCCUUUGGUACACACAGCAUUCAUUCGAUACUCUUUGCACCUUUACUAAUGCACAUCGUCUCAUAACAGAACGGCGAUGGCGUAUCAUUCCCAAGCUGGGCCGUCCAACCCAAACCUCCAUGCUCAGCAACAAUACCAGCAAGGACCCGCGAGUUACGGCAAUCCUUCCGGCGGAAACGGAAACAGAGGCCAAGAACAAGAAGCAGGUUUUGACACCGUUACAUGGUACCGACACUACCUACAGUGCCAUCACUACUUUCUCGACCAAGCCCAACACGAUUUUUAUGUUCAGGCCGUGGCAGCAUUCAUAAACAUUCAGCUGCCUUAUCAAAAGCAGCCCUACCCGGUCCAUCGAGCCUCGGCCGCAUGGUCUUUGAAGAAUCUUUCCGAUCGCCAACAAGAGGAAGAAGUCCACCCUCCCCCAGGUUAUCCGCAAUCGGUGUCCUUGAUCCCGUACAUAAGAAGACUGAUAGUCACGGGUCACGACGACCCUCGCAUCAUGGGAACUUGGUUCGGAUCAAAUUGGGUUCAGGGGAUAGGGACCAUACAUGAACUGGAGCGACGCAAUUACCUUUUUGCGUCCAAAAGUAAGGAAUGGCUCGACGUAAAGAAGUACUACGACGAUUCGCUGGCUGCAGAACAAUCAACGCCUUACAUGAUUCCUCUGCCGAAAAUUGAAGAGGCGGAACUUUCCUCUGCGGAUGAAGCUUGGAGUGGUUGGAUGGCCAUGCAGGAUUGGGUGAUCGGUCCCAGAACACCGCAAAGUUUGAUGCCUCCUUCACGUUCACGCACGCCGCACUAUAAUUCACCGCGGAUCAAGAAGGAGAGUGACUUCGCCAACUGAGAGUUGCAGUACAGAUAGGGUUUUCAAUCAGGGUCUUUGGGGCCUGUUUUGGUAGGAGCAUUGAGGCAGUGAAUUUACAUGAGAUCACGCUGGCAAUAGGAGUUAUAGAUAUCCAGGAAUCAGGUCGUGACAUGAGGUUUGUGACAUUUUGGUAUCAGGGUUAUUAGUUGCGGGUUCUUUUCUCGCGUUUUGUACAUUAAAAUAACAUCCACAUGUCUGGACA